AUGACUGCGAAAGUUGUACAUCCGUCAAGUGGUCGUAAAUCCGUGGUUUGGGCUUACGUUUUCUGGUUAUUUGGCGGAAUAUUGGGCCUGCAUCAUUUUUAUUUGCGUCGCGAUAGACAUGCUUUUAUUUGGUGGUCUACGUUGGGUGGUUUCGGAGUCGGAUGGUUAGGAGAAGUAUUCCGAAUCCCAAGAUACGUGAGAGAUGCCAACGAAGAUCCACAGUACAUCCAAGAGUUAAUCAACAGGAUGCGUCAAUACAAAAAGCCUCCAUUUUCUAUGAAUCGUUUCACUGGAAUGUUGAUGGUUGGAUACUCGUGGGGACAGAUGAUGAUGUUGGCUAUACCGCCUGAUGAAUUUUGGGGCUUAAAUUUGCGAUACCUCAACUGUCUUGUACCUGUUGUUGCUGCUCUUGGUGUGUGGACAGUUGGCAAUAUUGGGCGGGAACAAGGUAAUCUGAAGUGGCCGUUAUUGGCUGCGCUGGCUACGUACCCCAUUCGGUAUUACAUUUAUGAUGAAACUGUUUGGUUCACAACAAUGGUGGUUGCAUCGGCUCUGGCUUUUGAUACAUUUAGCAAAGAGUGGCGAAGAACACCUCCUAAGAAAAGUCAUGUUCUCAAGCGGGCGGCUGUUUUGGGCGUAUGCGCUUGUCUGUACCUGUCAUUAUGGUGUGGUUACUUGUACUUCCAUGGAACCAUUACGGACAGCGAAGGUGACGAAGUACCCAUUUAUGAAGCAAUGCAUCACUUCUUCACAAGCCCAUGGUGGCUGGAUGUCAAGCAGUGUCUUCUGGAUACCUACCAAUAUGCUCAACAUCAUGGCUGGUAUGAGGUGUGGAAGCAAAUUAUAGAUUUGUCAGAUCCGCAUGGUGAACAAAAUGCUUACAAGGUUUUAGGCCUAAAUGUAGACGCCAGCCAGCAGGAGAUAACCACCGCUUGGAGAAAGCUAUCCCGCGAGAAUCAUCCAGAUAAAGUAAAGGACGAGACUCUCAGACGAGCCGCACAAGAGCGCUUCAUGGAGAUACAGCAAGCUUAUGAAAUACUGUCCAACAGCAAACAUAGAAGAAACAGACGGAAUAAGAAGGACAAUACAGAACCAAGGAAAAGUGAACGCAGUGAAAUGUGA